ACAUAAGGAUUUGGCGAUUUGGGGGCAAAACUAGGGUUUCGGUGAUUUGGGCCAAAAUUGACAUAAUGUUUUCUCAGCAUUUGCAAUUCCAAAAUUCCCCUCAUUAUUUCUGCCCAAGCCCAAUUAGUGCCAAUUGAACAUUAACGUUAUUUAAUCAUGAUCGAAUAAAACAUUGACAGAGAGCACUAGUGCCCAACUCGACUGAUUAGCACUAGAUCCAAGCAAUUAGAGCCUUAACCGAAGCUUUUGACCCUAAUCAUUGCCUCAUCAACUUAACAGCCGAUAAUUAAACCAUGAUCUUAAUUAUCCGCCUUAAAAUAAUACCAUUAAUGUUUAAUCUUGAAUGAACAAUUGUAAUUGAGACAGCCAAAAAACUGAAACAUGAUCAAUAGCAUUAAAACGGUAGGCCUUUUCCUCUAUCAAGUUUGCAUCAAGAAAAAAAAAAGCCUAAUAACGGUUCUAAAAGUGAUCAAAACAAGCCCAUGUUACCAAUGUUAGAAUUAACUUUAGGGCUUAACAUACUUAGGAUCUCUGAUGAUCUCUUAACUAGAACACCUUACUAGGCAAUAUGAGUGGAAGCAUGAUGAAAUCUGUGAUGGCCGUGGCCAUCGGAGGAGGCCGAUGCUUAAUCCUUUGCCUGCCUAGUGCAGGCGUGAUGAAAGAUGAAGCCAUGGUGAUGUAGACGUGCAGGGGCAGCAGCACAAUCCAGUGACAUCAUGAGGGCCGCCGACACAGCCCUUGUAGAGGCCUGUGGUGGUAAUCUGUCUUCCAGCCCUUCGGCUCCCUCUUUGAGGAAGUACAUAAUAUUUUUGGCAGUAGUAUCAUUACAUAACUGCCUUUUGUGUCAAAGAUAAUCAUAGGAGAAGGAAAAGGUUGGUGGCCCAGCUCAUUGCUUCUGCAAGUCUCUUGCUGCUGAAUGCUACACUUAGAUUUUGGGUAAUACUGCCACAAGACGAUGAUAGCCGUAUUUGCGUCACCGUUAGUGUUUUCCAUAUUGUUCUCUGAAGGUGUCCAUAUUUGCUCCACCGUUAGUGUUUUCCAUAUUUUUCUCUGAAGGUGUCCAUAUUUGCUCCACCGUCAGUGUUUUACUUUUGGUCAGAGAACAUUCAGUCAGACAAAGCACCACUUGUUUUCCUUCUAUAUCUGUUGCAUGUCACUGACAUUCUCUCACUUCUUUUCCAAAUAUCCGAUGGAUUGGCGAUCCUUGGAAAUCUAUGAUGACACAAAAGAUCAUAUCUCAGGCAUAAUCACUUUUAAAUAAAAAAAAGGUCAGUCACCUAACUAAACGGUUCAUUAACACAAAACCCUCACAUGUCACCAUUCACAACACAUCACCAUAAAUCUGUGACUGAUCUCUCCACGCUCCUCACUCCCUCAUUCCUUUGGUCUCCAUGGCGCUAGCGUGGGCCUUCGUCCUCCUCCCUGCCCUCUUCUUUUCCUCCUCCUCCUCCUUUGUAUCAAACCUCCGCUUCAGCAGCAACAAUGGAAGUGGAGCGAUAUCCUCGCGCUGUCCACAGUCUCCGCAACACUGUUCACAGCUUCCGGAGGUCUGUCCACCGCCUCCGGGGGUCCCCUCUGUUGUCAGCAUGAGGUACAGGACUGGCUACCACUUUCAGCCGCCCAUGAACUGGAUAAAUGAUCCAUGUGGACUAAUGUACUACAAAGGCAUCUACCAUAAUUUUUACCAGUAUAACCCCCAUUCUGCCCUCUGGUGUUGGGGUGACAUAGUUUGGGGGCAUUCAGUUUCGACGGACCUCAUCAACUGGAUUCAUCUUGAACCCGCGAUAGAACCGGAUAACCCGAGUGACAGAGAUGGUUGUUGGACCGGUUCAGCCACAAUUUUGUCCGGUGGUCAGCCUGUCAUCUUAUACACUGGUAUCAGCAGAAAGAAGUUUCAGGUCCAAAAUCUCGUCUUUCCCAAGAAUACUUCUGAUCCGUACCUGAAAGAAUGGAUCAAAGCAGGCCAGAACCCAGUGAUCAAACCAGUGGUACCGGGUUUAAAUAGAAGCCGGUUCAGGGAUCCGACGACCGGUUGGAUUGGACCAGAUGGAUUGUGGAGAAUAGCAGUUGGGGCUCAGCUGAAAAGCUACACCGCUGCUCUUCUAUACAAGAGUGAACAAUUUCUAAGCUGGACAAAACUUGAUCACCCAUUGUAUUCACAUAGUCUAUCCAAUAAGCAGGAGUGCAAUAUGUGGGAGUGCCUGGAUUAUUUUGCGGUAUUGCCUGGCAAUAACAGUGGGCUGGACAUGUCCGCAGCAAUCCCAAGAGGCGCCAAGCAUGCCCUUAAAAUGAGUGUGGGUAACUUUGACAAGUACUUGAUCGGGGUGUAUGAUCUCAAACGUGAUGCCUUUCUCCCGGAUACUAUUGUAGAUGACUGUCAGCUGUGGCUGAGGAUCGAUUACGGCAAUUUUUAUGCUUCAAAGUCAUUCUUCGACCCACAAAAAGGCAGGAGGAUCAUCUGGGGUUGGUCUAAGGAGGCAGAUUGUCGUUCAGAUGAUAUUGCAAAAGGUUGGGCAGGAAUCCAUACAAUCCCCAGGACAAUUUGGUUAGACAGCGAGGGCAAACACUUGCUGCAAUGGCCAGUUGAUGAGACCGAGUUCCUUCGAACAAAUGAAACCAACCAUCAAGGACUAGAGCUCAACAAGGGUGAUCUGUUUGAGAUCAAGGGAGUUGACCCUUUUCAGGCUGAUGUGGAGAUAUAUUUUGAGCUGACAUCCAUCAAUGACGCCGAUCCUUUUGAUCCUUCCUGGCUUUUGUACCCCGAGACGCAUUGCUUCAAAGCUGGUGCAUCGGUUCCUGGUGGUAUAGGGCCAUUUGGACUAGUUAUUUUGGCCUCCAACAACAUGGAUGAGCACACUGCCGUGCACUUCAGAGUCUACAAGUCACAGCAAAAGUACAUGAUACUCAUGUGCUCUGAUCUAAGAAGGUCUUCCAUGAGACCAGGACUGUGCACACCAGCCUAUGGAGGCUUCUUUGAAUUUGAUCUUGAAAAGGAACGGAAGAUAUCUCUGAGAACUCUGAUUGAUCGGUCGGCGGUGGAGAGCUAUGGCGGGGGUGGCAGGGUCUGCAUCACAGCCAGAGUUUAUCCAGUGGUGCUCGCUGUUGACGGCAAGGCCCACAUGUAUGCCUUCAACAAUGGAAGUACCACGGUGAGGGUGCCACAGCUCAAGGCAUGGACCAUGAGGAAGUCAAAUGUGAAUGUGGAGUGAUUAUUGUCACAGAAGAGCAAUGUGGCUGAGAUGUGGAAGUGGCUUGUUUCAUGCGAUGCACACGAAAGUUUACCCUCUAUCUACUAUGCAGCGGUCAGCUAUAAAGUGGAAUCUUGGGCAUUAUAAAUUGCUCAACUAUGUAUGGUUAUCUGUAAUCAAUUGGCAUUCUGUGUGUGUUCAUUAACAUGAAGACAUAAAGACUUGCUUGUAUUAAUCAGUACCUUCCACUUGAUCUUGCUUGUUUA